CCGAUUGCGCCUGCGUAACCAGACGUGGCAACGGCAUCAUGGCCUUUUGGAACCGCUCCGGGAGUCGGAUGAGAGAGGCGAAAAUGUUGAUAGUGGUGUUACUGGUGUGGCUGCUUCCUGUGCUGGAGGCUGUGAAGGUGUCUCCUCUCAUAGAGAAGGUCAGUGACCACAAAGACUUCAAGAAGCUCCUCAGGACGAGAACCAACGUACUGGUGCUCUACACAAAGACAGCGACAUCAGGGGACUCCCACCUGAAACUGCUGUCAGAUGUGGCCCAGACAGUAAAAGGCCAAGGGACCAUUGCCUGGGUCAACUGUGGAGAUUCCGAGGGCCGUAAGCUCUGUAAGAAAGUGAAAGUGGACCCAAGCUCCAAACGUGGCGGAGCAGAGCUGCUCCAUUACAAAGAUGGGACGUUUCACACAGAGUACAACAGACCUGCUACAUUUAAGUCUAUGGUAGCAUUCUUAAAAGACCCGUCAGGGCCCCCACUGUGGGAAGAGAAUCCUGAGGCAAAAGACAUCGUCCACGUAGAAACAGAAAAAGAUUUCAGGAAGCUGCUGAAGAAAGAGGAGAGGCCAAUCCUCAUGAUGUUCUAUGCUCCCUGGUGUGGUGUAUGUAAGAGAAUGCAGCCCAUCUUUCAACAAGCAGCCACAGAGACGAAAGGAAAAUAUGUGCUGGCAGGGAUGAAUGUGCACCCGGCUGAAUUUGAUGGCCUCAAGCAGGAGUACAACGUCAAAGGCUACCCAACCUUCUGCUACUUUGAGAAGGGGAAGUUCCUUCACCACUAUGAAAACUACGGAGCCACAGCAAAGGAUAUUGCUGACUGGAUGAAGAACCCUCAGCCCCCCCAGCCAAAGACACCGGAGGUGCCAUGGUCGGAGUCGGACUCUCCAGUCUUCCACCUGACUGAUGAGUCCUUUGACACCUUCUUAGAAGAGCAUCCUACAGCUAUGAUCAUGUUCUAUGCCCCAUGGUGUGGCCACUGCAAGAAGAUGAAGCCAGAGUAUGAUGAAGCUGCGGAAAUACUGAACCAGGGCGCAAAUAGUCCAGGUGUGUUGGCAGCAGUGGACACCACCGUGCACAAGGCUGUGGGUGAUCGCUUCAAGAUCUCUGGCUUUCCAACCGUUAAGUAUUUUGAGAAAGGUGAAGAGAAGUACACGCUGCCACAGCUCCGAAACAAAGACAAGAUCAUCGAGUUCAUGCACAAUCCCCAAGCACCUCCUCCACCAGAGCAGUCUUGGGAGGACAAGCCCUCCAGCGUCAGCCAUCUUGGAUUAGAGGAUUUCCGAGAGGCGCUGAAGAAGAAAAAACAUGCUCUGGUCAUGUUCUAUGCUCCCUGGUGUCCGCACUGCAAGAACGCCGUCCCUCACUUCACCACAGCCGCGGAGCUCUUCAAAGAGGACCGCAAGAUUGCGUAUGCCGCUGUGGACUGUACCAGAGGACAGAAUCACGAGCUUUGUAAGCAGGAAGCAGUAGAGGGUUACCCAACAUUCAACUACUACAACUAUGGCAAGUUUGUGGAAAAAUACAACGGAGAUCGCGGGGAGGCCGGCUUCACGGGUUUCAUGCGCAGCCUAAGAGGACGUGACCAGGAAAAGGUUGUCAAGAAGAAGGAGGAGCUUUGAGGUUGGCGUACGGGGGAAGGGGGCGUCGCACUGCACAGUUUGUCAUUGCACUGUGACCUUUGACUCUGACAAGGGCCCUAUCCGCACUGUCAUGGGAGACUUGAUGACCUCAACGAAAGGCUAUUUUUUUAAUACCAUGGUGAUCACGUUUGUAAUACCAACAGAUUACCUACAGUCACGCCAACCACUUGAGAUCUUUUUUUUUUUUUUUUUUUUUUUUUUCACCGAUGGAUAUUUUGGGCGGAAAUAUGCAGAGGUAAAAGGUGAUUUCAUGUUUUUGCCCAAACACUGUGACUGCAUUAUGUGAAAAGCUACACCCUAUACAGUAUCUAUGCAAUACUGACCCCCACUUAGGCAUGUGGGGGUCUGUGUGGCUGGCCGGCACCUAUGGUGGUUAAAGAUGGACGCUACACCGUCUAUUCAUCCACAGGAGUCCGAAUCCAGUUCCAUCAUCCCUGCUUUUUUGUCUCUAGAAGAGACCCAUGCUGAUUAUUGACAGCCACCUGUUCAAAUAGUUUCAUACUAAAUUGUCAUGUAUCAAGCCCACAACCAUCCAGAGUAUUGUUUUUUUUUUAAUCCUCACAGAUCAGUUAAAUCACUGAAUUCUAACACUAACAUCUAAAAUAGCCAAAAGAUGUGAGAAGUGUUACUGUACAUAAUCAGGUACUACAACAAUGUGAGGUAAGUGAAAUCAUGGUCAUCGGGUCAAUAUUCUGUUUGGUUCCAAACUUUCAUGAUCACUCGUACAUUUGUUUGCUCAAAGGUGUGGCCUUACAAAUCUAAGAGAUCAAAUUAAAAUGCUGGAAUUUCAGAAAUAUGAAAAAACGAUAAGUGGGAGGGAGUCAGAGGCCUGGUGCCGUUUCAGUUCCCUCUAGUAAGUCAAGAGCAUGAAAUGCCAAAUAUUCACGCACAUUGCCCCAUUUUCAGACUUUUUUCAUCCCCAUGAACUGUAGUGACUUUUCACCUCUUGUACUUCCUGUGUUGUUCAGUCAGAGUGGGAUUUCCUCAGUUAGGACUUAUUCACACACGCACAGGAGACGCUUAAGUAUGUUCAUGCACGUUGAUCAUAAAACGUCCACAGCUUAAACUUUCCUCCAUCCUUAAAAAUCCUGUUAUCCCGCAUUAUUCUUGGAGGUACUAGAAUAAUUUAGACAUCUGGUUUACACUUUGGGCAUUCAAGGUUUUUGUUUAAGUUUAAGGAAUCGUAUUUUAUACCUUCAUUGCUUCUAUCUUUUUUCUGCUGAACUGAACACCAAGGAACCAAGAGCAAAGUGAAUGCACCGGCCAGUUUUUCCCUGAUCUGCAUUUGCCUGCCACACCUCAGCCUUUCACGGCUCGCCAAUGCCUUCCAUCUUAUUUAAAGUAAUGACUUCACAAGUGGAAUCUCCAGACCCCGUCCUGCUUCUCCUAGCAUAACAUCACUGAUGCUUCAGAGCCAUCGUUAUCACCUCCUUUGCAGUUUUUUUUUUUAUUAUUCCAAUGCUUUGUGUUCUCAACUCCCACGCGUAAAUAUGUAAAGGCUCAACUGUAGGUGUUCCUGUCAUUAUUCAAGACUUUCCCUCAUUAUGAAUAUGGUUCUCAGGGAUAGCGAAACACAAUUAAAGGGAAAUAGUUUGUUUGUAAUUAUGCAUUCCAGCCGAAUCAUUUUGAGCCCCAAAGGUCACCAAAUCAAACAUUGUUUGUAUCCCAUGAAAAGAAAUGUAUGGAAUUUUUCUGUGCUAUAUCAGAAUAUCAGUAGAUGUUACUGAACCGUUCUCAUGACACACACAACAUUGGGAUUCUUCAUCCCACAUGUUCUGGCUGGCACCAAACACCUUUUUGUGUUUAGUGUUUAAUGUGACUAUUAAAAUUCAAGUGCUUUUUUCCCCCUUUCAUUCCGAUAGAUGUUGACAUAUCGCUGUAAUUAGGUGUUUAUUCUCCUCAUACAGGGGAACAAUUACCUUUGUUCACUUUGUCCAUGGGUUUUCCUUAGAAAUCUUCACAGUGUUUGUUGAACAAUAGAACAACCGUCGCUCUCUAAUCCCAAAGGUUUGUGUUCUGUAGGGACAUUUUUCACACUUAUGCCAAGAAGUCAUUGUUGCCUUUGUUGAUUUUUUUUUUUUUAUUUCUGUGCCCAGCCAUAUGUACAGUUUUGCCCCUUGCAGUACGGACCUUGCAAGAUUAAAACAAAUAAAAUCAAAGAUUUCCAAAA